UGUUUAGUUGCCUGGCUAAAGAUGGCGUUAGCGGCUAGCCAAGACGAUUGCAUUUUGUUUCAUACAAUUUAUUCCGCCACAUGUAUAAUAACAUUGGUCAAAUAGAUCUUAACGACUUAUUCCGAAGUGCAAAAAAUGUAAUCCGUUUAGCAAACGCACCUACAAUAUGCAGAAUAACGCGUGCCUGACCUUGUCACCAUUUAGGCCUGUUUUUUUAGGAAGUCCACCGAAGCCACCGGGACUCCAUCUCCCGUCGGCCCCAGCGAGGGCCCUGUCAGUGUGAAGAAAAAAAUAAACAAUAAUCCAGAUCCCAGCAAGGACGUGGGAUCAUGGCAGCGUUACCCGUCCAGGGUAGCUGCAAACCGGCCCGAGGGUCGGCUUCGCACCGGGGCGCUUCUUCGACAUCGCCUGAGUCAUCCCUGACCUGGUGUUUGUCUCACCUCUCAAAACCCGUUCCGAAACCUACAGAGGAUCCCGGGAUCUGCGGCACGGAAGACGGCGGCGGUAGAAAAGAUUCGGAAAGCAAGCGGAACAAAGCUGCUCAGUGGCGAGCCCUGGUGGCCAUUCGGACGCAUCACAUCAAGGGGGGCACCAGCGGUAUCUCCCGAUUUAGAACUCAGGGUGGGCUCGGCCCUCUGUUGAAAGUUCUCAAGGACCCCGAGUGCUCCAGAAAGACUUUAGACCUGGCUCUCAGUAUACUGGGUAACUGCUGCACAGAGUACGCGACAAGGGCACAGGUUCGUAAGCUUGAAGGAGUCGUCAUUGUGGUGGACAUCUUGAAGAGGAACGUCACCACGGACACGGUGCAGAACCGGGCUGCGCGAGCCCUGGGGAACCUGGCUAUGGACCCCCAGAACUCGGCCCUCAUCCACUCCUCUGGCGGCGUCCCCCUCCUCCUCCUCUGCCUCUCCCUGUUCUCCUCCUCCUCCUCCCCCGGUGGGGCCCCGCCCCCCCCCUCCGGCCCCCAGCUGGAGUGCGCCCAGUCGGCGGCGCGCGCCCUGCUCUACCUGGCCGACACCCACGCCAACCGCCUCUCCCUGCUGGCCCAGUGCGCGCUCUCCUCCCUGGCGCCCCUGCUGGCCGCCGAGCUCCCACUGGCGCUCCGCCGCGCCGCCCUGCGCACCGUCCACGAGCUGACACGCGGCUGCGGCGUGGAGUGCGCCCGCGAGGUGUCGCGCUCCGGCGUCCUGGCCCCGCUGGGCGCCAUGGCGACGGGCGCGGCGGCGGGCGCGGCGACGGCGGAGGGCGGCGCCGACGAGCCGCCGGAGGAGCUGGCGCUCAAGGCGCUGGCCAACCUGUGCUCGCAGGGCUGCCUGCGCCCCCUGGUGGGCUCGCUGGACGUCAUCGGCCGCUUCUCGGCGGAGGCGCGGCGCGAGCCGCUCAGGGCGCCCGUGUUCCUCAAGGCGCUGUGCCUCUGCUGCAAGGAGGCGGUGAACCGCGCCAAGGUGAAGGCGUGCGGCGGGCUGGAGACGCUGGUGGGCUUCCUGGGGACGCACCGCGGCCACCCGCUGGCCCGCAUGGCCAUCGUGGCGUGCGUGGACUUUGUGUACGACGAGGCGGCGCUGGAGCAGCUGCAGGAGCUGGGUCUGGUGCCGCUGCUGGUGGGCCGGCUGGACGCCCUCGCCCGCCAGGAGGAGGAGCAGCAGGAGGAGGUGGAGGAGGCGGAGCCGGCGGCGGACCGGGCGGAGGCGGGCCGGACCGCCGGGAUGUCCCCCUCGGAGAUGCUGUCCUCCUCCUGCUUCGAGUCCUUCGACUUCCCGUCCCUCGACGGCCGCAGGGAGGAGGCCCGCGACCAGGGCCCGGGCUCGUCCAGCUUCCUCAGCCUCAGGUCAUGGCUGCUCUCCGAGGGCCUGAUCUCCUCCGAGGGCGAUCUGGUCGACGCCCCCGGUGCGGCCGAAGGGGACUGGAGCGGUCUUCAUCUCCCUUCCUCUUCUUCCUCCUCCUCCUCCUCCCCUCAAACCCCUCUCCCCGCCCUGCCCUCUGCUUCCCCCACCCAGCCCGAAGUCUCCCCCCUGGGGGAAGCCCCCGCGCCUCCCUCGACCCCCUCCCCCUCCUCCCCCGCCCCUCCCCCCCAGACGCCCGUCUCCCCCUCCAAGUUCUCCCCGCAGCGCAAGCGUCCCCGCCGCCCCCACCCCCACGGCCGCCACCCCUACCACCCGGAGCCCUGGGCGCCCGAGUCCCCCGUGCUGCUGCUGCUGUCGCGCUUCUCCCACGCCUCGGACCCCAGCGCGGCGCUGGUGACGCCCGCGGCGCUGCGAGGCCUCCUGCGCUACGUCAGCCGCCACCGCGACCCCAGCAGCCGCUGCUUCCGCAUGCUCUGCCGCCUCAGCUGCAACCCCAACUGCCUGCACGCCCUGGUGCGCACCGGGGCGCCUGCCCUCAUACGGCACCACCUGUGCCGACCGGCGGAGAGAGGAGGAGGAGGAGGAGGAGGAGGUGGAGGAGGUGGUGGUAACAGGCAGACGGGCAGAGUGAGGGCCAAGGUGAAGCAGCUAGGGCUGGCCCUGCUCAACAACAUGCGGGUCCAGAGUGAGUCUGCGUUCGGCUCGGGGGUGCUGGCCCACGCCAUGCUGUCCGGCUCGGAGCCCGACAAGAUGAACGUCGCGCUGUCCCUACCGCUCAUCAACAGCAACAAGGCGCUCCUGAGGAAGCUGCUCCUGGACAGCGGCGGCCUGGCGGUGGCGCUGCAGCCGCUGGGCUGCCCCGCGGCCGCCGGGGGGGGCGAGGAGGAGGAGGAAGAGGAGGAGCACACGGCCGAGUGCGGCCUGCUCCUCCCCAAAGGCUUCAGCUCCUCGCCGCCCGUCAGCGGCGCCCAGCUCCACGCGCUCUACCUCUCGCUCCUGAUUGGCUGCCUGUCCGGCCUGCUGGGCGGCGGCCGAGCCGACGCGGGCGGGAAGCCCCCUCUUCCGACUCGCUCCGGAACGUUCCCGGAUCGGAUCCCCGGGAACGCCGAAGACACGCCCCCUCCUCCGCCGAAGAAGCCCCGCCUGGACUGCCUGUGUCCGUACCGCGACGCGACCUUUGACCUCCUCUUGGAGCUGGACGACGGCACCAGGCUCCCGGCCAAUCGGGAGGCGGUGUCGGCGGGCUCGGAGUACUUCCGGGCCCUGCUGGGGGGCGGGUUCGAGGAGGCGGCGGCGGGCGGCGCCGGCAGAGCCAUCGCCAUCCGGGACGUGAGCGGCGGCACGCUGCUGACGGUGCUGCACCACCUGCACGGCUGCCGGCUCCCCGCCCCAGCCCAGGAGGAGGGGGGGGCGCGGUGCCAGGUGUUGGGGGCCCUGGCCCGGGAGAGACUGGGCCUGGUCCCGGGGACGGCCGCGGCGGAGACCCCGGACUUCCAGGACUCCCCGCUGGGCGAGGCGAUGGUGGGCGCCUGCCGCUUCCUGGUGCCGGAGCUGCGGCGGGAGGCGGAGGAGCUCUGCGUGGAGGCGCUCCUGGCGCACGCCGCGCCCCCGCCCCCCCCCAGGGACCCGGGCCGGCCCUUCGGGGAGACCACCGACGAGGGCCUUGCUCGCCGCGCCUCGGGCCUGGAGCUCAGCGGAGGAGCGGAGAGCACGCAAGAACCGAAGCGCCCGCGCUCCGCGUCCGGCUCCAAACCGAGCGGCUCGGACAAGACCCGGCCAGGACCCAAGCACGCCCGGCGCUCGCUGAGGCCGGCCCCCCCGGACCCCUCGGCCCCGUCGUGGCCCCCGGCCGGCAGCGAAGGCCGCGCCCUGUGGGCCCUCCUCCCGCAGGUGUACCGCUUCGCCCAGCGCUACAGCUACCCCGCGCUGGGCCGGGCCUGCCUCUCAGUGCUCCUGGGGGGGCCGAGGGGUCCCAGGGCCCAGCCCCGCCCCGCCACCGGCUCCUCCUCCUCCUCCUCCUCCUCCUCUUCUUCUUCUUCCUCUUCCUCCUCUUCCUCCUCUUCUUCAUCCCCGGGCCCGGGAGACUGCCUGGGGAGGCUGGCCCUUGAGGCGGACUGCCCCGGGACCCUGAAGCAGGACUUGCUGGACCUGGUGACGUUGGCGCUGAGCUAA